AUGAUGGCGAGUUGCGAGGUGCUGGGCAGGCCCGAGCUGUACGGGUUGGGCCUACGGGUCGCAUUUUACGUCCAAUGGUUUGGUGCCAUCGUCGUGGAGUACCUCGAGAUUGCUGACCUACCCGAUAUACGGCUGAUCGGCCUGCUGUUCUCCGCCGCUGCCUUCCUCGGUCUCGUUAUCAAAAUCUCCCUGGCGACACUGCAGCCUGCCGAUGUCUACAUUGUGUUCCUGCUAGCGAUGGGCAGCUACCUCUUCCUCGUUCCGCUGUAUCUCUGGAAGGCAUUGACCUGCUUCAACCCGUAUUGGAACCCCUUUCGGUGGUCCAAGGAAGAGCCAAGCCCUGCUUUCAAGGGCCUCAACUUUGCGCUGCUCAUGGGUCUCGCCACAUUCGGCGUUUACGUUUGGUGUUCGUUCAUGCCGGAGAACGAUUGCUCGUCGUCUCAGUACGGUUUCUUCUUCAGCCGUGUCAGCUUGGGCAACAAGGGGUUCAUCGCCUUCAACGCAGCUCUAUGCUUGAUUAUCCUGCUGGUCUGCCUAGUCAUUCUCCUGCUCAUGACCGGGUGGAAGGUUCCCUUUUGGCGCGAGAAGCGCAAGAAGCGCAGAAUCAAGAAAAUGCACAUUAUGAUGAUCAAAGAGCUCAAGACGCUGAGCAACGUUGCCGUCGCCGCGACGCUUACUGCCGCCAUCGAACUCACUGUCUCGUGGAACGACAUACAGGACGUCAAUAACGUUGCCGACACCGCCCAAACCCUGCCUCUCUUCAUCAGCGUUGGCUUCUUGAUACGGAUACUGUUCCUUCAUUUCGCAGGGGCCAGCGGAGAGUCGGACUCAUCGGAGGAGGACAGUGACGAGGGGUCAAGUAGUUACAUGACGGAGCCGCAAGGGGGGGUGCCUCGGCCGCCGCCCGUGCACCCCCGCCGUAGUGGUGUAUAA